AUGUCCGGCAGCGUCGCACAAGAUAUAACAUCGUUUGUGAAUCUUCGUGAGCAAGAAGAUAAAGAAGAGCUUAGGUCCUGGAAACGGGAGACACGUUACUACCUGCUCAAGGAUGUAAAGUCAGCAAUUGACUAUAUGGCACGUGAGCUAGAGCGCAUUGACUUCAUAUGGGGCCGCAUUCGCUCGGACCACGGGGCAGUGUCGUCUGCUAUCAAAGCUGAUAUUCGUGUCGAGGGUCAUCUCGUGGUGUUCAGCCGAGUAGAACUCAAGCUCACUAAAGCGCAACGCAAUGCACCGAUCACAAGCACACUGCAGCAGUAUUGCGUCUUAAAUCAAAUCCUCGAGUUCCAUGGUAUCAUACAAAGCCAAGUGACAAGGCUGGUUGGUCUCAAGGAUUUCUUGCAUAUGCAAUGCGAAGAUCUCAUGAAUGAACAGUCUAGCAAUGAUGACGUCAAGGUGUACGUAGACGUCGUGCAGCAAACGUUCCAGAGUCUGGAUCACAUCUGCCAGGAGCUGCGCAACGCAGCCAAUGUCCUACGGCUGCCAAGUCGUCGUCGGUUUCCAUACUGCUCUCACAUUGACCACAGCUUCAAGCCUGCACUUCCGAAUGAGUUUAUUGUUGACUUUUCCAUUCAUCGCGGCGAAUUGCUGGUAGAAGCGUUUUGUCUAAAAGCUACUAAAAAAGAGAUCGUAAACAUUACGGAAGGCUGUGCGUCAAGGAAGGAGUUUAUCGGCUGCGUUUGUGCUUUCCGCGGCCAAAAGGUCGAGAUUGUGGAGUAUGCACGGAUUUCUGUGCCAAUACCGCAGCUGGAGGAAAUACUUAGUCAUCUCGAUAAGCAGGUCGCGUUGCUGGUACAUGUACGAGAUAAUGUCAGGGCACUACUUGACUGCCAAGACGGUAUGUAUGAUUACUAUUAA